AUGUCUAGGUUCCACAUUGGUGGGAAAGUAGUGGACAGUGUCGAUUUUCUGCAGAAGAGGCACUGGGCAUGGCGUUUGGAUUUGUGGCCGUUUGCAAUUAUUUAUGGUGUGUGGCUGAUGGCUAUAGUCCCUAUCUUGGAUGCUGGGGAUGCCUUUAUAGUUCUGGGCGGCCUUGUAGCUAUACACAUUCUCGUUUUCCUGUUCACUGUUUGGUCUGUGGACUUCAAAUGCUUUGUUCAAUACACCAAGGUUAAUGAUAUACACCGCGCAGAUACAUGCAAAGUUACUCCAGCUAAAUUCUCUGGGUCUAAGGAAAUUGUUCCCCUUCACUUUCGGAAGUUGGCAGGUUCAUCAAAUUCAGUAGACGUGGAAGAGAUUUAUUUUGAUUUCAGGAAGCAAAGGUUCAUCUAUUCAAAAGAGAAAAAUACCUUUUGCAAACUUCCUUAUCCUUCAAAAGAAAAAAUUGGGUAUUAUAUCAAAAAUACUGGCUAUGGCACUGACGCUAAAGUUAUUGCUGCUACUGAGAAAUGGGGAAGAAAUGUAUUUGAAUACCCUCAGCCAACAUUCCCAAAAUUGAUGAAAGAGCAAAUCAUGGAACCAUUUUUUGUAUUUCAGGUCUUCUGUGUGGGACUAUGGUGCUUAGAUGAGUACUGGUAUUACAGUCUUUUCACCCUAUUCAUGCUGUUCAUGUUUGAGUCUACUAUGGCAAAAAGCCGUUUGAAGACCCUAUCUGAGCUUAGACGUGUAAAAGUGGACAGCCAGACUCUGAUGGUGUAUCGUUCUGGGAAGUGGGUGAAACUAUCAGGGACUGAGCUUCUUCCUGGGGAUGUUGUCUCAAUUGGCCGUUCUACUAAUCAGAGUGGAGAAGACAACUCUGUACCUGCAGAUAUGCUUAUUUUAGCUGGGAGUGCUAUCGUUAAUGAAGCUAUUUUAACUGGCGAGUCAACUCCUCAAUGGAAGGUUUCAGUAAUGGGUAGAGGAAUUGAAGAGAAACUGUCACCUAGACGAGACAAGGCAAAUGUUCUUUUUGGUGGUACGAAGAUAUUGCAACACACACCGGAUAAGACAUUUCAUAUGAAAACCCCUGAUGGUGGCUGCCUGGCAGUCGUUCUACGAACUGGAUUUGAAACGAGUCAAGGGAAACUGAUGCGGACUAUACUAUUUUCUACCGAGAGAGUUACUGCUAAUAGCUGGGAAAGUGGACUCUUUAUUUUGUUCCUUGUAGUAUUUGCUUUAAUAGCUGCUGGAUAUGUUCUUAAGAAGGGGCUGGAGGACCCAACAAGGAGUAAAUACAAGCUAUUUCUGAGUUGUUCAUUAAUCAUUACCUCUGUGAUCCCCCCUGAACUGCCAAUGGAGCUAUCAAUAGCUGUUAAUACGUCGUUGAUUGCACUAGCGCGUCGUGGGAUAUACUGUACGGAACCAUUUCGAAUUCCAUUUGCUGGGAAGGUUGAUAUAUGCUGUUUUGACAAGACUGGAACAUUAACAUCUGAUGACAUGGAGUUUUCUGGAGUUGGCGGGUUGAUGGACAAUGAGGACCUAGAAACAGAUAUCUCUAAAUUGCCUACACGCACUUUGGAAAUUCUUGCUUCUUGUCAUGCCCUGGUUUUUGUGGACAAUAAGCUGGUUGGUGAUCCUCUUGAGAAGGCUGCAUUGAAAGGAAUUGAGUGGAGCUAUAAAUCAGAUGAGAAGUCCAUGCCAAAGAAGGGGGGUGGCAAUGCUGUACAGAUUGUGCAGAGACACCACUUUGCUUCUCACUUAAAAAGAAUGGGAGUUGUAGUUCGUGUUCAGGAGCAAUUUUUUGCAUUUGUGAAGGGUGCACCAGAAACUAUUCAGGAAAGACUUGUUGAUGUGCCAACGUUCUACAUGAAGACCUACAAGAAACACACACGUCAAGGAUCUCGUGUCCUGGCAUUGGCCUACAAGUCUCUUCCAGAUAUGACAGUUAGUGAAGCUAGAAGCUUAGAGAGAGAAGUGGUGGAAAGUGGUCUUACUUUUGCUGGUUUUGUGGUAUUCAAUUGUCCUAUCAGAGGAGAUUCAGCAACUAUUCUAACUGAAUUAAAAGGGUCAUCACAUGACUUGGUCAUGAUUACUGGCGAUCAAGCUUUGACCGCUUGCCAUGUUGCUGGCCAAGUUAAUAUUAUUUCAAAACCAGCCCUGAUUCUCGUCAAUGGAAAAAACAGUGGAGAAUAUGAGUGGGUGUCUCCUGACGAGACAGAUAUUAUCAAGUACAGUGAAAAUGAGGCUGAAGCUUUAUCAGAGUCGUAUGAUCUUUGUAUUGGAGGAGACUGCAUUGAAAUGUUGCAGCAAACUUCUGGCAUUCCUAAAGUGAUUCCAUAUGUAAAGGUAUUUGCUAGGGUGGCUCCUGAGCAAAAGGAACUCAUCAUGACCACUUUUAAGUCAGUGGGAAGGGUAACACUGAUGUGUGGUGAUGGAACAAAUGAUGUUGGAGCUUUGAAGCAGGCACAUAUAGGAGUAGCUCUACUCAAUGCAAUCCCUCCAGCUCAAAAGGAGAAAUCUUCCUCUGAAGCACCCUCUAAAAAUGAUUCUGCGAAAUCUGGUAAAUCAAAGAAACUAAAAUCCUUAGUUGAAAAUGGAGAGGGUCCUUCAAAGAGCAGAGCUGUUUCAAAGUCAGAAUCUACUAGCAACCAAGCUGUUAACCGCCAUUUGACCGCUGCAGAGAUGCAACGGGAAAAGCUGAAGAAACUCAUGAAUGAGCUAAAUGAAGAGGGUGAUGGUCGAUCAGCUCCCGUUGUUAAGCUCGGGGAUGCAUCGAUGGCAUCACCAUUUACAGCAAAGCAUGCUUCUAUUGCCCCUACAACUGAUGUAAUCCGUCAAGGUCGAAGUACCCUAGUCACUACCCUACAGAUGUUCAAGAUUCUCGGACUCAAUUGCCUUGCAACUGCCUACGUCCUGAGUGUAAUGAACUUGGACGGUGUGAAACUGGGUGAUGUUCAAGCUACAAUUAGUGGGGUUUUUACAGCUGCUUUCUUUCUGUUUAUCUCACAUGCUCGGCCCCUUCCUACCCUCUCAGCUGAACGGCCUCAUCCCAACAUCUUCUGCUCUUAUGUUUUCCUCUCUCUCCUAGGACAAUUUGCAGUUCACCUUUUCUUCUUAAUUUCUUCCGUGAAAGAGGCUGAAAAAUACAUGCCAGAUGAAUGUAUCGAACCGGACUCAGAUUUCCAUCCCAACCUUGUGAAUACAGUUUCAUACAUGGUUGGCAUGAUGCUACAGGUAGCCACUUUUGCUGUGAACUACAUGGGACAUCCUUUCAAUCAGAGCAUCUCAGAAAACAAACCAUUUUUGUAUGCCCUUCUUGGUGCUGUUGGCUUUUUUACGGUUAUAACCUCCGAUUUAUUCAGGGAUUUGAAUGAUUGGUUGAAGUUAGUCCCUCUGCCAAGAGCCUUGAGAGAUAAGCUGAUGAUCUGGGCUUUGCUCAUGUUCCUUUGUUGCUACACGUGGGAAAGAUUAUUGAGAUGGGCCUUCCCUGGUAAGAUGCCUGCUUGGAGGAAGCGGCAACAGCAUGUUGCAGCGAACAUAGAAAAGAAGAAGAGUCUAUAAGCAUGUUGUCUGGGGUAGUGGUAUCCACAGGAGAACAGAUAAGAACUGAUAAACUUAUUUGCAAGAAAGGUCAAGUCACUUCAUAAGUUAUGAUGCUUCAGUUUCAGUAUAUGUAUCGUUAUAGUCCAAGCUUCCUUCCAAGAAAAGAAGUUUUUACUGCAUUUCUCACAAUUUUUGCAGUCACAGAAAACUGGUUCAGGUUUUUUGGGUUGUGUAAGAUCAUUAUUAUUGCAAGUUACUGCACUAUGGCACUUUUACUCUCUGGUAGAGCAACUUUGCCUUUAGAAACAAUGAUUUACGUUCUAAAUUUUGUUAAUUUCAAUUUAGUGACGAGACGCCCAUGAAAAUGUGGACUUGUGCCAUGUCAUGGUUGCAGGAUAGUUGGAACGUUCAUGUAUUUGGGAGUCUUUUCAGUCUACUCCCUGGAGAAUUAAGCUGCAUAUGCUACUUUAAUUUGUUUGAUUUUUA